AUGUCGGUGUUGUCUAUCUUCUUGUUCCUGAUCCAUGGCUUGCAUGGGCAUCAGUCAUGUCCUCGAAGGUGUGACUGCCCACCAGGAAAUGGUGUGGUAUGGUGCAGCUGGAGAAAUCUGAGGGUUAUCCCUUUUGACAUUCCUCAUGACACCCGAGUAUUGUACCUAGACUCUAACUGGAUUGUCCACAUAUCCACUGGGGCCUUCCGUGGCCUAAAACUCCUCCAUGAACUUCACCUUGCGGACAAUCUAAUCGAGAGCAUUUCUCCAGGAGCCUUCCAUGGCUUAGGGAACGCGCUGAGGCUUCUGGACCUUUCAGGAAACAAGCUACGGAAAAUAGACGCUACUCCCUUCAUCAUGCUGACCUGGGUAAAGCUGGAACUCUACAACAAUCCCUGGCAUUGUGAUUGCUCCCUGCAGGAGCUGAUGAAGGCUCUUUCCUUAGGACCAGGGAGGGCGGAGGACAUUGUGUGCACCACCGCAACCUGGAAGGAGUAUGUUGGGAAGACUCUGGCCCAUCUGGUCAGUACUGGCGUCAAUUUCUGUGUCACUCAGCAGAGGAACACUGAUUUUGCAAUGCUGCUCACGAUGUUUGUCUGGUUUGCUGUUGUUAUCGCUUACGUCAUCUAUUAUAUCCGGCGCAACCAAGCCGAAUCCCGGCGUCACUUGGAAUACCUCAAAUCCCUGCCGGUUCCCAGCAGCUCAUUCCAACAAGAGGAGAAGGAGGUGGAUGAAGGCAAUACACUCAGCACGAUCCUCUGA